CCGUCCCGGGGGGCAAAGGCGGCCUGCUGGUGGGGACCUGGGGCCCCUGUGGUGGACCCGAGACGGCAGCGUGGGGACGCCCUGAAAGCAGAGCGGCGGGGCGGCCGGAGGUGUAGGGCCCACCGCUCCCGGCCACGUCAUGGCCGGUUGGAGGCUGCUGGCUCGGGCCGGCGCCCAGGUGCGGAGCCGCGGAGCGGGCGGCCUGGGUGCUGCCGGGGUUCUGGGCCACAGAACAGACAUCUGGCUUUUGGCUAGAAGUUUCCAUGGCAAGAGUGGUACUUGGUGGGAUGAGCAUCUUUCUGAAGAGAAUGUCCCGUUUGUUAAGCAGCUGGCCUCUGAUGAAAAUAAAGCCCAAUUAGCAAGUAAACUGUGUCCUUUGAAAGAUGAACCGUGGCCUAUGCAUCCUUGGGAACCAGGUUCCUCUAGAGUAGGCCUUAUUGCGCUAAAGCUGGGAAUGAUGCCUUUAUGGACCAAAGAUGGUAACAAGCAUGCGGUCACAUUACUUCAGGUGCAAGACUGUCAUGUCCUGAAAUAUACUCCAAAGGAAAACUGUGGUGGGAAAAUGGCAACUCUCACUGUCGGAGGCAAAACUGUAUCACGUUUCCAUAAAUCACCAUCUAUAUUGGAAUUUUACCAAGAACUUGGAUUGCCGCCAAAACAGAAAGUGAAGAUCUUCCGUGUAACCGAUAAUGCUGUGAUUAAACCAGGCACUCCUCUUUAUGCUGCUCACUUUCGCCCGGGACAGUACGUGGAUGUCACAGCCAAAACUAUUGGUAAAGGUUUCCAAGGCGUCAUGAAAAGAUGGGGAUUUAAAGGCCAGCCUGCUUCUCACGGUCAGACGAAAACUCACAGGAGACCUGGAGCUAUUGCGACUGGUGAUGUUGCCAGAGUCUGGCCUGGAACUAAAAUGCCUGGACAAAUGGGAAACAUAGACCGGACGGCCUUUGGACUAAAGGUGUGGAGAGUGAACACAAGACACAAUAUAAUCUAUGUAAAUGGCUCCGUACCUGGACAUAAAAAUUGCCUAGUAAAGAUAAAAGAUUCUAAACUGCCUGCAUAUAAGGAUUUCUGUAAAAAUCUGCCAUUCCCUACAUACUUUCCUGAUGGGGAUGAAGAGGAAUUGCCAGAAGAUUUGUAUGAUGAAAAUGUGUGUCAACCCAGCGCGCCUUCUAUUACAUUUUCCUGACAUGUAAGGAAGCAAGAUCAGUAAUGUAACCAGUACUUACAGUUCUGAGUCACAAAACUAUACUCGGCAUCUUUGUCAAAGGUGUAACUAUGAUCCACACCUUAUUUGAAUUGUUAAAUAUCACAUUGAACAGAUCAGUUAAUUGGAUUUGCUAAAUUUAAAUGGACUGGCAGUUUGCAUAUUAGCAAAAUCUUUGUAAGUUAUGCUUUUGUUUUUUCACUAGAUACUUCCCAUCUUACCCUAAGAUGUUUAUAAACUUACCUUUUGUUAAAGAUUUGU